ACAAUAUUACUAUCGGAGUCUGGUUUGUUAUUGAAUAUUAUGUCAAUCAGUCGAUGAGUCUCCUAAUUUCUAAGUAACUAUUGAGUAAUCUGCUUAUUUACAUAUUAAUUCAAGUGUUGUUACCGCAGAAUAUGUUAAUAAUUAAAUACCUAUCAACUUUUAAAUUGAAAUAAGUACCAAGUCCUGUCUUGAAUCCUUGGCGGGGCGUUCGAGCUUACUAACUAGUAACAAUCAUAAAAUUCUUUACGAUGUUGAUUAUGUGCACGUCAAGUCAUUAACUACAAGAGUAAAGUUCGUAUAUGGCUUAAACGAUUUAUAAGAUUAUAUUUUGGUUGUCUAUAUUAUUAUAGUCUACGUGUUGAUGUAUUACGACAUCGUAGUUGAAAUAAUGUCCUUGGUCAAUAUAGCAUCAUAAUGUCCAAUUUAAAACUGGAACUCGAUGAGUAUCUUAAUAAAGGCCAAAAAAAUAAAUCCCACAAUGGGCACCACAUACACAUUCCAAAAGUGUUCAAGAAACUGCUCAACAGUGAAUCUGGUGAACAAACGGAAAACCUGUUGGAUUCAACACAGACGACUUAUUUUAAUUUUCCCCAGAUGAGUAAAACCCAAAGAAUAUUGGGGUUUGUAGUUUGUGUGUCAAUCAGUUGUUUGAUGUUAUCUCUGUCAGCAUUAUACUUGCCUGUACUUCUAAUAAAAGCUAGGAAGUUUGCGAUUUUAUACGCUUCUGGAAGCAUAUUUGCUUUUGCCAGUGUAUCAUUUUUGACGGGUCCAUUGAAUCACUACAAGUAUGUUACAUCCAAAGAAAAGCUUCCUUUCAUGUUUGGCUACAUUACAACUCUUUUGAGUACUUUGUAUUUUUCAUUGUGGAUGAAGAGUACUCCAUUUACAUUAUUAUCAUUGACUGUUCAUCUGGUACUUAUUCUUUGGUUUUUAUUAAACUCCAUACCAUUUGGUCAAAAAGGUUUGUCAUUUUUUGGACGUUUAUGUUCAUCUAUAGUGAAAAAUAAAGUGUCAAAUUCAUUACCUGUUUAAAAAAAAACUGUACCUAUUAUUAUUUAUUGUUAUUAUUGUGAUUUUGUCCGUAUUUAAUUACUAUUUUUUUUUCAAUUAAACUGUUUUUGUAUAAUUUCCAAGUUAUAUUUAGUUUUUUUUUUAUAUAUUCUAUGAAAAACAUCUAAUGUAAAUAAAUUAUUACUAGUGGUUGUGUUUGCGAGGCCUGUAUUCAGUAUCCAUUUAUUUGUAAAAAAAAAAACAAUUACACCCGGAUAUUAUAAA